GGCGGCGGCGCCGGGCGGGCGGCAUGGGGCGCGGGGCGAAGCCGGGCGGGCAGCCUGCCCCGCCGCCCCGGCACGCGGCUCCCUGAGGCUGCUUGGCCCGCCGCUGGAAAUGAACACAGGAAUUAAUGUGAAAGGCCAUGUGAAGCUCUGUCACAGCGGAAACUUACUAAAAGAUUGCUUUACCUAAUUUCAGAAAUUGAGAAGGGAUAAUUGGAAGGAGAAAAUGUUGGGCUGGUGCCAAGCGAUAGCUCGUAACCCUCACAGACUUCCAAACAGCACAAGAACACCCGAAGUCUCAGGUGAUACUUCAAAUAACUCUACUUUGAAUGACAAAUCUCCAGGGCGUUCCACAAGUCGAUCAAGUAACAUUUCAAAGGCAAGCAGUCCUACAACAGGAACAGCUCCCAGGAGUCAAUCACGGUUGUCUGUCUGCCCUUCCACUCAGGACAUUUGUAGAAUCUGUCACUGUGAGGGAGAUGAUGAAAGUCCCCUCAUCACACCAUGUCGCUGCACAGGGACCCUGCGUUUUGUUCAUCAAGCCUGCCUGCACCAGUGGAUUAAGAGCUCAGACACGCGCUGUUGUGAACUCUGCAAGUACGACUUUAUAAUGGAGACCAAGCUCAAACCACUGCGGAAGUGGGAGAAACUACAGAUGACAACAAGUGAGAGGAGGAAAAUAGUUUGUUCAGUCACAUUCCACGUAAUUGCAAUUACCUGUGUUGUUUGGUCAUUGUAUGUUCUAAUUGAUAGAACUGCUGAGGAAAUUAAGCAAGGCAAUGAUAACGGUGUCCUUGAAUGGCCAUUUUGGACAAAACUCGUUGUAGUGGCCAUCGGAUUCACAGGGGGCCUGGUCUUCAUGUAUGUGCAGUGUAAGGUUUAUGUUCAGCUGUGGCGGAGGUUGAAAGCCUACAACAGAGUGAUCUUUGUUCAGAACUGCCCAGACACUGCCAAAAAACUGGAGGAGAAGAACUCUUCAUGCACUCAGACUUCAGACGUCAAGGACGCAGUGGUGGUGCCAGUAGCACAGACAGGUACAAACUCUCAGCCAGCAGCUGAAGAAACAACAUCUGAGGUCAUGCCAGUUUGACAGUGACGGCAUUGUUUAUUCCUUGCAGAAUAAGGCGUAGUGUUUUCUACACUACAAAUGCUAAAAGAGAGUGGAAAUGACUGUGCUUUUUUUCAGUUAAUAAACCCAGAAAACCCCACAACGCCCAAGACCCUACAAGGAAAAUGGAUCCAGCAAUGCAACUUGUUACUGUCUGGAAUGUGACCGUUCGUGAAGUAGUUUCUCAACUAGUCAGCAAAUGUAGUGAAAGUGGAAGUGUAGAAAGUGCAGUAGAGAACAGGUUUAACAGACAAUGCCAAACCAACAUGACAAGACAACUUUUUUCUUUUAAUUGGAUGGCUGAAAAUGUAGAAACAGACCUGAUACAAUAAUUUUGUUUACAGAAAGCAAAACCAAACCUUUCCUCUGUUUACUACUAGAAGUUGUAUUUGCUAUUUCUCUUCUUAAACCUACACUUCAAAAGGGUACAAUUCAAGUUAUGUGCAGUAACUGAAUCGAAGCCUACAAAGCUGUUAGCUGUAUCACAGCAUUCACUAAGUCUCAUAUGGUGACACACAUUCAUGUGACUGCAGUGGAGCCCUACUGGGCAGCUGUGUGAACUAAGGAUAUUUGAAACAUUUGAAGGGUAGCAUUAUUUUUAAAUAUGCCUGAAUUUUCGGAAAGUAAGGAGUUCCAACUUGUGUUCAUAAGCUACAGGUAUUUUUAAGUGUAGCUGUCAGCAAAAUAAGCACAGGAAGGAGAGAAUGUAGAUAUGGGUUUAGAACAGCAGCUCAGCUUUGCAACAAUGAAUUAGGCAUUAAUUGAAUAUACAAUGUUUUGAGGCAGAACGAUAAAUGAAAAAAACAGUUUACUGCAGAAUCACACAAAAGUAAAUUGCAUAUUAUGAAAGGUCUAAAAAAGGAUGACACAUAGGGAAGAUUGAAGGCAUUUUUGGUUUUAUUUUGUAAGAUUCGUUUUACAGAAAGGUAGCCAUAAAAGAAUAUACUUACGUAUCUUAAGAGAACAUUAGUUUUUCUCUCCUUGUUCUAAAAAGUUAGUUUUUAUCUUCCCAAGUGAAAAAAAUAUAUCAAGGGUCUCCCUCUGUACAGCUAUAUUUGAGGUGUUAGAGAUUCAACAGUUCAGUUGUUAACUUUGUGUUCUGAGCAUUCUCAUAUGAAAAUGAGGUGUAAUAGCAUUAAAGGGUGCAAUAGAUAAAUGAAUGUAGAUAUAAUACUGUGUCCAACAGGGUGAAUUUAUAUAUAAAGAAACAGUUUUGUGAUUCACUUCUCAUAGCUGUGAUGUUUACCAUCGGGACACAACAGCCAGUAUUGACUUGGAGUAGUUAUGUGCUAGCGUGGACAAGUCUGGGGUCUGAACAUAAUGUAUGUUUAAAAAAAAGUUAAAAGUUCUUUUUAGAUCUUUUAUUUAGGUAAAGGAGGAAAAGCAAAAAAGGCAAAUAAAGAAGGAGAGUAAAGACAGAAGAGCACAGGUUCAUUCAAAUCUGCCAUAAUUACCAGUGAACUAGUCUUCUACAGAAGCCUUGCAAUUUUUAAUGGUAAAUUUCAAACAACUACAAUUAAAUAACAGAAUCAUACCAUUCUUACAAAUGAGAGAGUGCUGUGCCUAAGUUUAUAUAUUAGGCAUUCCUUUCUGUGUGUUCACUGGCUUAUAGCUCAAGAAAUGCUGGAAGUAGCUGUAUUGGCAAGAAAUGUGUCUUUUAUCUGACCAGACCAUUAUGUUCUUUUAUUUUGGAAUUGCUCAUGUAAUUUGGCUGUGAUUAAGUGAUUCUCAUCUGGAUAGGCAGGACACAAAAUACUGGUGCUCGAAUAGGCCCAUAUUAAUAUUCCAUCUAAGUUACUCCAGGUGAGUUUGAUUAAUGUUUCUUUUCACAUAAUAACAUGCACUUUUCACAUAAAAUAAGUAUCCAAUUAAACAAUUAUAAAUUGGAACUGGAGCAGAUUCUCAUUUGAAAUUACAAGACUAACCAAAUCAUUUAUGUGUUUAUAAUUGUAGAAGAGACUUCUGAAGGUCUUCAGCAAACCAUGAUAGUACUAAGGAAUGCCUCAGAACUGCACCUUUCUAAGAUACUCUGCAAAGGCAUGGUUUUCUAAAAGUGUGAAUCUACUACUAGUUGAUAAGUAGUUAAUCUCAUGAUAUCUGAAUUUAAACAUUUAAAAUUACUAGCUGCAUUUAAAUGUUUGGAAUGAUGUUUACAACAAAUCCUGAUGAGUCACAGCAAAACCAGCAGACAAGGAACGUAGUUAUGAAAGAUAAUUAAGAUCUGCCUGAAAUACUCAGAAAGUUUCUUACUAAGUGACAGUAAUCCCACUUCAAAGAACAAGCAAACUUGUUCCUUGACCUGCUGUAGCAUCACGACACACUGAAAGUACUUUAUCCCCUACUUGGACAGUUUUCUGGAGACUAAUUCACACUGAUUAUUCUUGCACAAGUAUAAAAUUCAAAUCAAUGAAAAAAAUACCUGACGCUUCUGAAAGCAGAUCUAUAGCAUCCAAAAAGAUUACUGUACAUUUUAAAAAAUACACUGAAGAGUUCAGCAACAGAACAGACAAAGCCAUUUUAUACUAAUGACUUCAACUUUGAAAUACUAUUUUGGCAUUCAUCUCAAACUACACAUGCAACUGAGAUUACAGUUAGUUAAAUACAAGAACAGAGAAAGACUUCACCUGAAAUUCCUCCUUUCCCUUUGAAGUAUUAAUUUGGACAACACGAAAGGGAGGAAAAUGGGACAAUGUCUGCUGGGGCAGACAAUGAAACAAAUCAGCAGCAAGCGAGAUUACAGCAGGCUUGAAGCAAUCUUUAACCUUUUAAAGCAUUACAGUAUUAGCCUGUGCAUCACUUUCUCUUCUUAGGUGCACUGGAUAUUUUAGUGCUUUCAGGGAUUUCAUGCAGGUCUGGAAUGUUUCUGAAGCAGGGUAGUUCCUCUUCAAGAGGACAAGAAGCUAUUCACACCAACAUGCCUUUGCUACAGGUCUGCAUGAAUAAGGAAGGUGCACAAAUACAGACACUAGACAGUAUCAGCCUUGGUUUUGUUUUAUUCCCACACAAAGCACAAUUUGCGAUAUUAAUUUAAUGACUACAAGAUUCUAUCCUGCAAAAACAGCAUACUGCAAAUUUUAAGAUGCAUUCUAAGACUUUUUAAUGAAAAUGAUAUAUCAUAAGAAGAUCCGUAUCAAACUACCUGUGUAGCCAACAGAGCAUCUCAGGCAAACACAGAUACAGCAGAAUUUAGCCUGGCUAAACCCACAAGGGCAGAACCUUGCUCUGAGCUGCCGUCACAGAGGAGAGCUUAAUCUGCAUUCUUGUUGAAGCUAAGUUUUAAUGAAGGUAGGUAGAAGUUGUGUGGUGUCAGAUCAGAUCUGGAAUUUUAAAUAACCUGUGAACAUGUGUGUUUCUUUUCCAGUUUUAAGUUAAAAGCAUUACAAAGUUUAUUUCAAACUAGCAUAAACAUACCACUUUUGACUAUCACUUGCAUUACAAAGAUUCUCAACUAGUCCAACUGUGCCAUUCACACACUGCAGUAUCUGAAAGCAGUGUUUAUUUUUCUUGUGUAGAAAAAAACAUAGUAAUUCCCUAUCAGCAGAACAAACCAUUUAUAAUUUCUAAUAAUGCAAUGAAACAUACUCUAUGAUGAAAAUAUUUUACUGUGUAUAAUAUUUGGAACUAUGAGUUUGUGUUACUUGUUUAACUCCCUCUCUUUUGCAAAAGAAAAAUUGUAUGUUCGUGUGGGUGAAUAUGUACUGAAAGACAGAAGGUAAGGGAAACAAAAGUAAUAUAUCUGCUUAUUGUUGUGAAAAAAUGUAUUUGUAUUAAACAAAUGAAAUUAC